CAUUUGACUCAAAAUGAAAAGAAAACUGCUUUUGAAAUUUCUAUGAUCACGAUCAUAUCAAUGACAAAAGCGGCUUUUUUCGUGCUGAAGAUUCACUCCCGCGUUAAAAUGCCUUUUGACAUCCAUGUGCCCCUCUAGAAAUUUUAUGGAAUCUAAACUGUAUCAUUGAACAAAUCUAAAUGGCUCUGUACUAUAGUAUGCAUGUGGUGCAUACCGCUCUACUACUGGUUUGUUCAUCGCAUACAAAACAACGUGAUUUAGAUCACAACACACAACACAACACACGGCCGCACUCGCGACCGACAGCAAGUGCAAAUUAUUACCGUCGAUCUUAUUCGAAAUGUAGCGAAUUUGGUUAGUCUUUUCAGUAUUCUCAAAAAGUUAUCUGCCAAAAACAGUUUGAAAGUGUUCUCUUCCCUGCCAGUGAAAUAAAAGUAGCGAAAAUGUGCUCGGAAAGUUGUUGAAACCACUCACCUGAAUCAAGCACCAACGUUGUUUACGAUUCGCGCACCGAACUUUGAAUGUGUUGGUAAUCGACGGCCGCUGCCAGUCGUAUCUAACGGUAUCGGUUGUGGGUGGUGUGCGUAAAGUAGUAGUAAAAGUUGUAAACAAACAGGGACAAAACGUUCAUUCGUGAUGACAGUUUGCUGCUGCCGUGUUGAAUGAAAUUAGUCCGACAAAGUUGAGCAUCCCGCCCGCAGACGCCGACGACCCGGCGUUCGAAGCAAACUGUGCGUAGAGGAGAGCGAGGCAUCAUGGGACCUUUCAGGAUUCCGAUCGAUACGGCGCUGUGUAUCGUAUUUUACGUUUCCUGUCUGUUUUAUUCGUUUUACAAAAACUACGAGCUGAGCAAUGAAAGCCUUCAAAACUACUACUACCUCGAAGAGGGUUGGUCAAUUUUUAACGGGCGAAGACGGGACGAUUACGACUGGGAGUGGGAAAUUUACAAAAAGUAUGCCAUAAGUCACGCGUUAAUUUUUUCACUUCACGCGGUUCUGUUCGAAGUUAUAAGGUAUUUUCGAGUGAGACAGGUUUCUUUGGCGCUGACUGCCUUUGGAUGUGUAGCAGUAUUCUACAUUUAUGGCUACAAAGUUUUGCUGAUACUGAUUUGGCAAAAUUUGACCUUUUUCGCGAUUGGUCAUUGGACGAAAAGCGCAGCCGUUCUGUGGGUCAAAGCGUUUCUGUGGAUAGCGAUGAUAAACAGCGUGAAGAUUUUGUUCUUUUACGAUCAGUUGAACGUUUUGCUCGACAUCGAUAACGAUAAGCUGUUGGAGUUCAGCAUAAUCAUUUCGUGGAACGUUAUCAAAUGCACAUGUUUUUGUUUGGAUCGUGUCAAUGCUGGGAAGGAUGAGCAGCGUUACAAAUUUCUGGAUCUUCUGGGAUAUUCGUUUUACUUUCCGUUGCUGUUGUUUGGGCCGGUGAUCAUCUACGAUCGAUUCAAGGAAUGUCAACGAGUGCGAUGGCCAAUGGAGAGCUUGAAUACCAUGGAACGUUUGACAAAACUGCUGAUGCGCCUGGCAAUAUGCUUCUUCUGGGCAUUGGUAAUGGAAGCUGGUCAGCACUUUUUCUAUAUCAAUGUAAUUCAACUGGAUUUGAAGCUUUUGGAACAUGUCAACCUAUGGGCUCUGUACGGCCUCGGCUACAUGAUGGGACAGUUCUUCUAUGUGAAAUACAUUGUAUUCUAUGGAAUUGGAAUCGCCUUCGGUACAUUUGAUGGUGUUUUGAUGCCGCACAAACCGAUAUGUAUUGGACGAGUUCAUCUCUAUUCGGAUAUGUGGAAGUUUUUUGAUCGUGGAUUGUACGAAUUUCUAUUCAAGUACAUCUACACCAAACUAUGCACCAAAACUUCCUCCAAUGUUCGGAAGAUCUUCGCCAGUUCCAUCACAUUCAUCUUCAUCUACAUCUGGCAUGGAUUGUACACGUUCGUCAUGAUUUGGUCUGCAUUGAACUGGAUCUGCAUAGUGAUGGAGGGAUUCGUGAAAAACGCCUUCGGAACCAAUUCGAAGCUGGGAGCGCUGGUGGGCACGCACGUGUUUGUCCUCUCGGUUUUGUCCAACUUCUUUUUCUUCGCGCGGGAAGAAGUCGGUUACAUUUACAUUCGCAGGACGUACUUUGAAAGUGUCUUCAACUAUGUGGCGCUUUACGCGGUGGCGUAUUGUUUCUUUAGAACGGGAGAAUUUAUCAAAUCAGUCGAAGGUGAUCGGAAGUAUUCAUUGAAGAAAAGUUACUAAUUCCGGGAUAUAAAUCAUUAAAUUUAUUAAAGUUACAGAAUAAACAUGAUACUCAAACCUUACAA